AUGUGGGCUACUGGACCGCCGACGGGGCGACGCGCUUUGUCCGGCGACCCCGGCGAGAGCGCGCUCGAGGGGCGCGCGGCCUCCACGCGGCCCGGGCCCCCACCCCGCCGUCCCGCGGAUACUGUAGUCGCCGAGGCCUCGCUGCCUGUGGCCUUACCCGCGCGCGCGGUGCCGGCCAGGCUUCUUGACCCUCGGGCGCCGCCGUACCCCGGCCCCGCUCCGGGCGCCGGCGGCCCCCUCCCCCCUCGGCGGCCCGGCUCCAUUCAAACCGUCCUCCCAAGCCCCGCGCCGCGCUCCCCCCGCGACCCGCGUUCCUUACCGGGAGUCGCCGGCGCCGUCGCCUUCCCGGCGCCGCCCCCGCCCCUCCACGCGGGGCCGGGGGCAGAAUGGGCGUCUCGCUUCUCCUCACGAAACAAAGAAGCAGCCGCCGCAGCCGCCGAGCGAGAGGUUGGUUAUGAGGAAUCCAUGAAAACAGGCCAUGGAGAAGCUCUCGGUGACUUAGCUUGUGACGUUGGAUAAUGGACAGGUACUGUGCAACUCCUCUGCCCCCAUGGAGGUUUCUGUUCUAAAGAAACAGACAAAGAAACAUUAACCUGUGUGAUGAAUCGCCAAGGGGAGAUUAGUUCAAAACACAAGCCUGGAGAAUUUUCUUAAGUUCUGAGACCCUAUCUGGUGGAGCUCUAGAAAUUUUUUUCAUAGAACAUGUCCAGGGGGCUUCCCUGGUGGUCCAGUGGUUAAGCAUCUGCCUGCCAGUGCAGGGCACACAGAUUCAAUCCCUGGUCUGGGACGAUCCCACAUGCCUCAGGACAACUAAGCCUGUGCGCUCUAGAGCCCAUGAGCCACAACAAGAGAAGCCACCGCAAUGAGAAGCCCGUGCCCACAACUAGAGAAAACCCGCACGCAGCAACAAAGCGCUCGCCCAGUCAAAGAUAAAUAAAAAGUGCCCAAGGAAUGAA